AUGAGCACUCCCUCCAACAACACCCCCCAUGCCACCACUGCUGCUGAAGGCAAGUUUAUCACUCCUCUUGACCAUAUUCAGUCGAUUGAUGUCCCACACAGCAAGAUCCCAGUGUUCGACUCGAUUGCAGCGUUCCGCGAGUGGCGCAAGGAGCAGACCCGCCAGAACAAGGUCGUUGGCUUUGUCCCUACCAUGGGAGCCCUGCAUGAUGGACACCUGGACCUCGUGAAGACAGCUAAGAAGGAGUGUGACGCGGUCGUAGUCUCGAUCUUUGUCAACCCCGCCCAGUUUGCCCCUCACGAGGACCUCGAUCAGUACCCCCGCACCUUCGACACCGACUAUGCAUCUUUGGUCUCGACAAACGCAUGUGCAGCGAUCCUCCUCCCCAAGGUCAGCGAAAUGUACCCCGUCGGCAUUUCUCUUGACCGGUCCCAGCAGCGUGGCGCCUUUGUCGAGGUCCAGGGACUCUCCCACCAGAUGGAGGGUAUCCCCCGCCCCCACUUCUUCCGCGGAGUCGCGACUGUUGUCACCAAGCUGUUCAAUAUUGUCCAGCCAGACCGUGCCUUUUUCGGUCAGAAGGAUGCCCAGCAGUGUGUGGUCCUCCGUGCCAUGAUCCGUGAUCUGUUGUUGCCCAUCACCAUGCGUGCCGUCCCCACUUGCCGUGAGGCUGACGGCAUGGCUAUGUCAUCGCGUAACCGGUACUUGACCCCCGAGAUGCGCAAGAUCUCCACGCUGCUCUACCGGGCCAUCACGGCUGCCAAGAAGAACAUUGUCGAGCACAAAGUCCAAGACCGCGAAGAGAUCUUGAAGCCCGCCUAUGCGAUCAUUGAGCAGGUCAAGCAAGAGUGCAAGGACCAAGGAUUGGAUUUUGAUAUCCGUUUGGACUACUUGUCGUUGGUCGAUGUUGAGACCUUGAGCGAGUUGCAGGUCUUGGGUGAAUCUCAGGCGGCCAUCUUGUCUGGCGCCGUCUAUGUCGGCACCACCCGUCUGAUCGACAAUGUCCUCAUCAACACCGAAGAGCUGUAA